AUGGUUCUAAAUACAAUGUUCAUUAAUGUGCAAGACAAUCUAAAGAAUAAGCGGACCUUCAAUCUGGCAUUCACCAAUAUGGAGACUUCCAGCGUCCUGCUUACCUCAGCCGCUCAGUGUGUACGGUGUCCUUCCUGCGGCUUCUCCAUCCGCCUGCUCCCGUCGCCUUACGCUCUGCACUUUUACCUAAACGACAACGCCGGCAUCUCCGACGAAGAGGUACCUGUAAUGGAUGCCAGUUCGAAUUCUCUUUUUUGCCAAGACAACUUGGGAGUGAUUUGUGGUAAUGAACACGAACUGUGUCGCUUCACCCAAUUUUGCAGUGAUCUAAAACAUGAUGAAUAUAAUAAAACGAAAAAUGUUCAUACAGGCGUGUUACUUAGAAAUGAUCUGAUGCCAAAGAACAGUCUGUAUAGAAAAGGCCAGCAGUGGACCAUGGGAUGCAAAUUAGGGGCUGGAAAAUUUGGGUCUGUCUUUGAAGUGUGUGAUUUAAACAGCAAUUUCAUAUGUGCUGCAAAGCAGGUGAAGUUAAACAACUUCAUGCCCCAGGAGCUGGAAAUAUGGCAAAACCUGAGCAGACAUUAUGUUGUGGAGCUGUUUGGAGCAGUUCUGGAAGACGAACAUGUCAUAUACUUCAUGCAUCUUGCUAAUGGUGGCUCUCUGAGGGACCUAAUAACAAUUGAAGAAUUUCUUCCAGAAAUAAAGGCUCUCAGAUAUUUUAAAAUGAUUUUGGAUGCCUUGGAGUAUUUACAUAAGCAGCGCAUAAUUCAUAAUGAUAUCAAAGCGGACAACAUCCUUCUUUCUGAGACGAAAGAAAGACUUUUCCUUUGUGAUUUUUCUUUUGCUGAAAAGGUUCAAAUUGGAAAUGACAUAAUUUCAAAAGGAAAGACACAAGGAAGAACUCAGACACAUAUGGCUCCAGAAGUUGCAAGGAGCGCAGGACACAACGAAAAGGCGGAUGUGUGGAGUGCGACUUGUACACUGCUACACAUGCUUAAUGGCAGACAUCCGUGGAAAAAUAAAUAUUCUAGAUGCCCUGUCUUGGAUAUUGUGGUUGCUAACUGCAGCCCACCACUCUUUGAAAUCCCUGAAGAUUGCCACAAGCAUACAAAAAGAAUUAUUAAAUUGGGCUUAAUAGUCGAUCCUUCCCAACGACCAACAGCCGGACUUUUGCGGGAUGAAGUUAAUGAAAUGUUAUCUAAAUUUGGGCACAUGCUUUCUGCAUUUCCAGAAACUAACCAAAUAUCUAAUUCACCACCGAGUGCUCAAGAACAUCUAUUAGAGUCGGUUGAUGAACAAUUGCCUCUGGUACUGGAAAAUAUUGACAAUACGGAGUGUCUUCAAGCCCCAUUCCUUCUUGAAUGCCUGGACGAUCUUCAGUUCCAGGAGGAGGUGUAA